UCACACUUACGAUAUAAAAUCAUUCAGCACUCAGCACUGAGCACUCUGAGUAGGUUAUCAGGCAAAGCUGCCUCAUUAUCUUCCUCUUCCGACAUCAUCAGGAACAUCCACCAUAGUAAAGACAAUUCCAUCUCAUCUCUAGAGCUUCCAGAUACUAUGGAGCCCUCUACAACCUCCUCUACAACGUCCUCUAAACCCACCAUUCUACAAUGGCUUAAGCAAGCUAUGCAAUGGGAGUUCAAGUAUCCAGAGGAUUCAUCACCGCGGUCUUCAGGCGAUAAAAUCUAUCAACAAUUAGGCGAAAGCAUAAGAAUUGAGAAAUGGAAUGACUUCACCCUCGACAACAUCUUACAACUUAGAUCCCUCGCCCCUUACCUCGAUAAAUUCCCUAACGACUUGAUCCCGGCCACUUUACCUAUUAUUUUGGUGUUGUGACCAGCGCUAUGUUGGAAAGAGAAGACAGUCUGGGAAGUAGCCAGCGAAGAGGAGGCAGCGAAGGAGCUCCGCCGGACUUGCCACUAUCACAGCGAUCAAGGUUAUCUUCAACAUCGGAUCAAGACGGCCAUCCAAAUGAUGGGUCCGCUGUAUUAACCGCGAUCAAUACACACAAACGUACAAAGUCGAACACAAGCGCAGACAGUGAAACCGUAUCGCCUACUAAUCGCCAUUUGCAAAAGAGGGCGCGUGAAACUUUCACUUCGGAUAUGCAGGAGUCCUCCAGUCCUUCAUUGCCAUCAUCGCCGCCGUCGUAUCCGCGCCGCAUGACACCCUCAUCUCCGUCUCAACUCACUGUUGAGGACACUUCUCCCACACCUGAGAAGAGAGGCACCUUAUCUCCAAGUUAUGAGCCGCCGUCGUCGCCAUACACCACCAACGGAGGGUUGAGCGCCAGAAAAGUACGAGAGAUUAGUGAUGUGGCCGGCGGCUUUACUGCCCGUGUAUUCACAUUACAAUUGGAAGAAGGCAACAACAGAGAGGCGCCGUUAUUAAUUCUUGGGCUCAUUGCGCUGGCUUCCCUCGCUAAGCAUGCUGAAACUUUACGUAUGUCGGAGAAGUGGGUUAAUCUGAACGAUUUCCAACUCUUGACUGACUGAUAUUGAGAUUGUAAUUUUAAUCAUAAACAAGAAACCAUGUAGAUUUUAGAUAGCGAUCCUUAAUCAUAAAACGUGUUAAAUACCCCUUAAUUACUAUCUUGCC